AUGGCGCAGCGCCAGCGCGGCGCCGACAUCGCCCAUGCUGAGCCCCUGGACGCCAUGCUGUCCCAUCAGGAACCCCUCGACGAGAACGAGCAGUAUCGGAUUAUCCGCGAGUUCGAGGAUAUGCAGCUGUCGCAGACGCGUACGUUCCGCACGAUUUUCGGCGCCGGCGCAGCACUGAUCGCAGCGUUUUUCCUGUAUGCUGCGAACGAGCAGGCGGCGCGCCCCUGGGAGGUCAGGUACACCGGGGAGCUAAGAACCGUAGUCACCAGCAGCGGCGUCGUGGGCGCGUUCUUGAUCCAAGCUACCGCGCUCGCCGCCGCCGCCGUCGGCCUGCUGCUGCGUCUGCCACGCCCCGGCGAGCGCGAGCGGGGCUGCCUCCCUGUGGCUGGUGCGGCGCGGGGCGCCCUGGCGGCGGGGGCGCUUGGGGCCGCCGCGGGCGCCGCGUAUUGGUGUGCGGCGCUGCGGCGCAGCAUUGCGAAGUAUGGACCCGAGGACGGCGCCCACUGGGAUCUGCUUUGGCUGCCGCUUGCGCCGUUGGCUUACGUGGCACUGUGCUGGUUUGUGAUGCACAGUGUCGCCAGCACGGGUAAGGAGAUUGAAAAGCUUCGCAAGAUGACUUACAACUAUAAGGCAGUGUGA